AUGGCAACCUGGCCAAUGUCCUCGUGCUCUGCUUCGUCCAGCAUCGGAUACUUGCACUCGAUGUUGAAUCCCACGUUCUUGGGCACCUUCUUGAACAGCUCCACAAGCGUCACAAACGACGACGCAAUAGACGAACCUCUCGAAUUUCCCUUGUACUGUUUCAGUUUCCACGUCUUGGUCAGCUUCAUCCUUUCCUUUCCAACAGAAAACUCUUCAGAGUCGGACUCAGCAGGUGUUCCUGACGUUGAGUCCAACGACGAGGAUCUACCACGGCCCUUUUUCUGGACAUCAAACUCCACGUACGACGCUCCCAAAGACGAGGCUGCGAUGAACGACUCCACGGUGUUCUCUCCCAGCUGCAACGACUUGCGGUCUCUGCUGUUCAUACCGUUUCCUCUGUGGCCAAUGACACGCGAAGACACCAACGACUUCCAGUACGUUUCUGUGCGGUCUAGAGUCAUCUUCUCGUGCGUGAACGGAGUAAUCAGCAUCACCUCGAACUUGAUGGUUCCCAGAACUUCCAACGUGUCGCUCUCCAGAAUUGGCAAGCUGAUGGAGUUGGACAACGACCGCAGGUUUGGCCCCACUUUGGUGUACGCAGACCUCAACAGAGCAGCAGCACGGCCCAGAAUCUUCUUCUCCUUGUUCUCGUCGCCAGACUGGUACGUCGGAACAAUGUCGAAGAAAAUGACCGUGUCCAAUGGAUCUCUGUCAACGCACUUGAAACUGAUCAGAUCGCUGGCCCCGCCGUGGUUGUCGUCCAGAGGCAGGUCCAGAAGAACAGACGGCUGGUCCAGCCCUUUGGCGUUGAUCACAAUAGAAAGAGCCGUGUCCAGCUCGGUACUGUGUGCUUUCGACAGCGGAACACGUUUCAGAUCAAUCGCAGAGCUGUUGUCUCUUAUAUCUGUGGUUCCCAAGGUGAUCAAAAUCAGCGACUCGUUGGGUUUCAAAUCCUGGGUGUCGAACUUGGCAUUGUGCUUAAUCAACAACUCGGCAACCUCUUUAAAUCCUUCUGCCGCAGCCACGAAAAUAGGAGUCCAGCCAAACGUGGCCUCGCCAAUCUCUGUGUUUGCGCCGUUGUUCAGCAAAAAGUCCACAGACUUGCCAAGAUUCAGCUUCGAGGCAAUAUAUAGCGAUGUCUCCUUGGUGUCCGGGUCUGUCUGGUCGACACUAACGCCCUUACAACUCAGGAGCAACUCCAAAAUCUCUGGCGAGUCCAAUCUGGUUGCAAUAAGUAGCAGUUCCGGACACGUUAGAGCAACGUCUUUGGAAACAGCGUCCACCAAAACGGCUGUCGUUUUCGGAUGCGUGCCCAAAAUCGACAGAUGCAACGGAGUCAGCAUCUCGGAGUCUCCCCAGGCGUUUCUAUCGUCAAUCGAAACGGCUUCGUUAUACAGCUUCCAUUUCUUCAAAAACUCAAUAAUGAUGGCCGUCACCUCACGCAAGCCAAGCGACGACGAGGACGAACUCACAAGGUUCAUGUCGAUUGUCGAGAUCGACGAGGCCGCCGAAGAAUUGAGAUUCUUCGACACCUGGUUCACGGCCUUCUCGUUGUACAAGUCCAACGGAAUAGGAGUGUCUCUGGCCUCGUUGGAAGGGAGCAGCUUGUUCAGAUACAAGUUGAUCUGGUUGAGAUUGCGAACGAUCUCCGCCUCGUUGGAAAACGGCAACGGAUAA